UAAAUAUACAUUUAAAAUCAAAUGACAUCAAACUUGAAGAUAGAAAAGGAGCUUCACUUUUGCUUACAUCCCCAAGCCUUUGCCAAAAGUCUCCAAACUCGCCAUGUGUACGUUGGAGAAACGCGGCAACCUCUUCUUGUUAACCUUGACCGGCGAUGAUCAGCACCGCCUCAAUCCCACUCUCAUCACCUCCCUUCUCUCCGCUCUUUCCCAGGCAAAGGCCCAAUCCACUCGUGGGUGCGCCCUUAUCACCGUAGCCCAAGGCAGAUUCUUCUCCAAUGGCUUCGACCUAGCCUGGGCACAAUCCGCCGGAUCCAAACAAGGAGCCCAAGAAAGGUUACUCCACUUGGUCGAAUCGUUCAAACCUGUCGUUGCGGCUCUGCUUAACCUCCCUAUGCCCACCGUUGCCGCCGUCACCGGCCACGCCACCGCCGCCGGAUUCGCCCUCGCUUUAUCUCACGAUUACGCCGUCAUGAGGCGAGAUCGAGGGGUUCUUUACAUGGCCGAGGUGGACAUAGGGCUAUCAGCUCCCGAUUAUUUCAUGGCCUUGUUUAAGGAAAAGAUGGGCGCGGCUUCUGCUCGGCGCGACUUGUUGCUGCGGGGGCUGAAGAUGAAGGGGGACGAGGCUGAGAAGAGGGGGAUCGUGGAGGCGGCGUACGAUAGCGAUGAUGAAGUCAGGGAGGCUAGCGUGCGCAUGGGGGAGGAUUUGGCGAAGAGAAAGUGGGACGGUGAGGUGUAUGCGGAGAUCAGGAAAGGGUUGUAUCCGGAGCUAUCAGCCAUGCUGGGAUUGGCCACCAAAGUGUUUGCUUCUCCGAGGCUUUGACCGAAAAAUAAGCAGCCGUUGUUACGAUUUUGAAUAAUGGCGUGUUGUUUUUACAUCUUGAACUUGUAACCAUAUUAUAUAUCAUUUUAAUGCCAGGGAAGUUAAUACAAAUUUGUAUAGCUUUAGACUAGAAAUUGGAGGGUCGGCCAAGCGAGCCAACCCUAUUAGGGUUCCACAAAUUAUGUCGGCCAUAUGUCUUGAUAGCCAUACAGCACCCACCAGACGAGGGUGAGCGUGGCAUAUUUAGCCAACCGACCCUUUUAAGUUUUCUCUUGUGCUUGCUUAGCUGAUAUAUGGACAACCUCUUUCAUGCUCUUGGCACCUUUA